AUGAGGCCAGACAUUCUGCAAUCUGAAGUUGCCGGCCUAGAGAUGGUACUUCAAAGAAGUUGGAACAGUCAAAGUUCCAACUACGACGUGCCAGAAUCCCAAAAUGGACCUCCAACUUUCAUGAGCCUUCCGAGUGCUAUAAAUUCAAAUAUCGGCACAGUGCGGAAAAUUGCCGAUGGUGCAGACGAAGUUAUUCGUGGUCUACGAGCUCUUAAUUGCGAAGAGAGGGAUCCCUGGCUAAUUUUCAUUUUACUUUCAAAAUUAGAUAGCGAUACCCGCCAAGCCUGGGCUCAGUGCGCAGAAUCCGAGGAAAAAGGUGUGACCAUCAACCGAUUCUUGAAAUUUCUCACAUCACGCUGCGAUACGUUGGAGGCUUUUGAAUUAACUCGAUCAACCCAAGCUCGACGCGCAGCUACCACGCACCACGCAGACACGCAUCCAAGACGGGAAGAGCCGAAGUGCACAUCGUGCCAGCAGAAUCACCAACUGUUUAAGUGUCCUCAAUUCAUCGCACUCGACAUUGCAUCUCGCCGAGACUUCCUCAAAUCAAGAAAGCUCUGUUUCAAUUGCCUCAGCCCGGCUCAUAUGGUGGGCAACUGUACAUCGAGGCAUACUUGUCGGAUCUGCCGCCGCAAGCAUCAUACUUUGGUUCAUGGCUCGUCGCAGCCAAUUCAAAAUGGCAACAACAUUGACACAGCAAGUGUUGACAGCCGCGAUCGACCAGCAGUCUCACAUGCGGGAUCUACAAUUGGCCACAAUCAACCGCUAGCUCGAGAAGGUCAUCGCUUGGGAAGCGAGACUCCCGCGGAAAACAACUUUACGCAUCAUACUCUGGAGAAUAUUCCGGCGGCUGGUUCUCAGACUCUGUUGCCAACCAUCCUUGCUGACGUCAUCGACGCCUGGGGAAACACUACAACCUGCAGGCUGCUCCUGGACACUGGAUCUACAAUAACCUUGGCAUCGGAAUCAUUUGUUCAGCGAAUAGGCGUGCGUCGAACGCACGCACGGAUUUCUAUUCUCGGUCUCGCCGCCAACAGCGCGGGCGUUACCCGAGGACGCGCACAUAUCAAGCUGCGCUCUCGUCAUUCGGGCCAAACUGUCGAAUUGGUCUCGUUCAUUCUCACCUCGCUGACGUCAUCACUUCCUGCCCAAGUUAUUGACACCUCAUCCUCUACGUGGAGGCAAAUCUGCGAGCUUCCUUUGGCAGACCCAACGUUCUGCACACCUGGAGCAAUCGAUGUCAUUGUUGGAUCGGAUCAACUUUGGUCUCUAUACACAGGAGAUCGGAAACACUUUGGUAACGACUUUCCUAUCGCUCUCAAUACUGACGCCAGCGAUCCCACAGAGCGUCAUUUUGCUGCCACACACAAGCGCUCGACGGACGGGGUGUACGUCGUCGAGUAUCCCUUCAAGGAGAAGGCACCGCCUAUUGAUUCGACCUUGCAACAGGCCAUCAAUCGCUUCUUCUCGCUGGAACGCAAAUUUCGUCGGUAUCCAGAAUUGAAGCAGCAGUACGAAGCUUUCCUGGACGACUACUUGCAACGUGGACAUAUGGAACAACUGACCUCGGCUCAGGUUGAAGAGUCCCCAGACACCUGCUUCUAUUUGCCGCACCACGCUGUCAUCAAACUGGACAGUCUGACUACCAAAUGUCGUGUAGUUUUUGAUGGAUCAGGAAAGGACAGCUCUGGAGUAUCGCUCAAUGACAGACUACAUAUUGGUCCACCGAUUCAACGCGAUCUUUUUGGCGUUUGUCUACGCUUCCGGCAGCACCAAUAUGUUUUAUGUGCAGAUGUCGAAAAGAUGUUUCGAGGCAUUAAAGUCUUUAAGCCACACACCAAUUUUCAGCGCAUUGUUUGGCGCACGACUGAGAAUGAACCUCUGCUUCAUUUUCGCCUGCUGACGGUUACCUACGGAUUGGCACCGUCACCAUUUCUGGCUGUUCGAGUUCUAAAGCAACUUGCCGACGAUCAUGGCCAUGAAUACCCUGCAGCAGCUCACGCUCUUCUGCACGAUGCCUAUGUGGACGAUAUCCCUACAGGCGCCAACACAUUCGAGGAGCUUAUGAUUCUCAAGGACGAGCUUAUAGCCCUCUUGGAUAAGGGAAAAUUCAAGCUACGCAAAUGGAGCUCUAAUACUCCUCAACAAAUCAGCUGCGGAUUCACCUGUCAAAGUUCUUGGUAUCCAAUGGAACCCUGGGAAGGACGUCCUGUAUCUCAACCUAAAGGGAUGCGAUGCGACCAUUUCUCCGACGAAAAGGAACUCUUGUCUCAGCUAUCAAGAAUUUAUGAUCCGCUUGGACUGGUAGCGCCGGUCACAGUUCUACUCAAGCUAAUCUUCCAAGAAAGCUGGACAAGUGUCCUGCAGUGGGACGACCCCAUACCUGAAAGUCUACGUACGCGCUGGAGAGCCUUAGUAGAGGAUUUGCCAGCACUUACGCAAUGCCAAGUACCACGGUAUAUUGCGUCACCAUUUCGAGAUGUUCAACUACACGGAUUCGCCGACGCAUCCUCGCACGCCUACGGUGCGGUAGUUUACGCUCGAGUUGCAGUUGGAUGCAGCUUUCAAGUAACUCUGGUUGCCGCCAAAACACGGGUGGCCCCGAUCAAGCCCGUAUCAAUUCCACGUUUGGAGCUAAACGCUGCCACGAGCUGCUGGACAGAUUCAGAAAUUGUGCUACACUGGCUUUCAGCUCCCCCUCGACGGUGGAACACCUACGUCUGCAACCGAACUUCUGAGAUAUUGAGCGACUUUCCCCGUAGCUGCUGGAACCAUGUUCGCACGGAAGACAAUCCUGCAGAUUGUGCUUCCCGAGGACUUCAUCCGUCAAAGCUUCUGGAGCAUCGACUGUGGUGGAAAGGUCCGUCCUGGCUGGCCACACCCACCUCUGAGUGGCCACCUUCUACAAGCAAGUUCAGCGUAUCUUCAAGUUUCGAUGUCAACACCGAAGAACGAGCCAUAAAGCCCACGACUCUACAUAACUUUCCUGAUGAAAGUAUACACGAGUUCCUCAUCCACAAAUUCUCAACCUGGACGCGUCUUAUAAGGGUAUCUAGCUACUGUCAUCGCUUUAUUCACACUCUUCGAUCCCAUCAUAGGAAUUCGGCACCAUUCCUUACGUCUGAAGAGUUGCUGGACGCACAGCGCCGACUUAUUCGACAUGUGCAACAAAAAUCCUUUGCCAGAGAAUAUGAGCAGCUAGAGAAUCGACGCCAGCUUAACGCUAAAUCGCAUCUUAUCCGGUUUUCUCCGUUUCUGGAUGAUUAUGGAGUAAUGCGAGUCGGUGGGAGAAUCGAGCAAUCUACACUCAACUAUAACGCCAAGCACCCGAUUCUGAUACCUAAAGAUACUCCACUAGCUGGACUCCUGGUUCGACAUUUUCAUGUCUCCUAUCUGCACACUGGAGUUGAUGCAACGUUCACCAAUCUUCGUCAGCAGUACUGGAUUCUGGGAGCCCGCAAUCUCGUCAGAAAGGCAGUCUUCCAAUGCAAAUCCUGUUUUCUUCAACGAAAGGGCACAAGCAACCAGAUCAUGGGAGAGCUACCAAUUCCUCGAGUUCAAGCUAGCCGCUGCUUUCAACACACAGGGCUGGACUACGCUGGACCGAUCGCAAUCAAGGAAUCAAAGGGAAGAACUCCACGCAUCGGAAAGGCAUGGUUUUCUAUUUUCGUGUGCCUCACUACAAAGGCACUUCACAUCGAGGUUGUUAGUGAGCUAACUACACAGGCUUUCAUCGCAGCCUUUCAACGAUUCAUUGCCCGCCGAGCGAAGCCUACUGACCUGUAUUCGGAUAAUGGAACAACAUUUCAUGGAGGCAAGCAAACUUUGGAUGACAUGAGACGUCUGGCCAUUCAACAAGCCAAAGAUGAGGAAUUAGCAGGAUUCUUUGCCAAUGAAGGGAUUUCUUGGCACUUUAUACCCCCGUCUGCUCCACAUUUUGGAGGGAUGUGGGAAGCUGGAGUUCGCUCAAUUAAACUCCAUAUGAAACGAAUACUUGGAUCAAAGGCUUUAACGUUUGAGGAGCUCUCUACUGUCCUGACCCAAAUUGAAGCUAUCCUGAAUUCACGCCCGCUGUGCCCAACUGGGGAUAAUUCUUUGGAUCCACUGACGCCUGCUCAUUUUUUGACUGGAUCUCCGUAUACUGCAUUGCCUGAACCCUGUCGUCUGGAUAUGCAAGUCAAUCGAUUGGAGAGGUGGAAUCAGCUGCAAGCCAUGGUUCAAGGCUUUUGGAAAAGGUGGCAUAUGGAAUACCUGACAUCUCUUCAUGAGCGGACAAAGUGGCAUCUGGAAACCGAGAAUCUGAAGAUCGACACACUGGUAGUACUCAAGGAGCCCAAUCUACCGCCCUCUAAAUGGAUUCUUGGCCGCAUCACAGCAGUGCACGCAGGAAUCGACAACAAGGUCCGAGUCGUUCCAGUGAAGACUGCUCACGGAUUAUACAAACGCCCAAUUGCCAAAAUCGCUGUACUGCCUCUCUGCUGA